AUGCUGAAGAUACUGCUCAUUCUAUCCACGCUGGCAGGUCUCAAUGUCAGCAGCAUCACGGUGACCGUUCCACAACCGACGGUGAAUGUCACUUCAGGUGGCAACAUAACUCUCCUCUGCACGUUCACAGGCUAUGAGCCACAAGGAAACGUCUUAAUUCAGUGGAGUUUUUACAGCGCCAAAGAGAGCCAACUGCAUGCACAUUCCCCGUGUGCCUAUAUUCACAGUAUGGAUGAAAAGUCAGUCAGUCAAUGUCAAAAGAUGGUGUAUGUGACAGAUGCACGGGGAAGAUGUAGCUCGACACACAAGAUUUAUUAUUCUUCAGGAGGACAGAGUCAUUCCUUGGGAGGAUUUCAGAACAGGAUCACAGCUGCAACAAAUCCAGGGAAUGCCUCAAUAACAAUCUCCAACAUGCAGCCCUCAGAAACUGGUUCUUACACCUGUGAAGUAGUCAAUCUACAAGGAGAUGCUGGACAAGGUCAAAAAUCAAUGAUUGUCAAUGUACUGGUGAAACCAUCAAAACCUUUCUGCAAAGUAGAAGGCACUGCUGAGAAGGGCCAUCAAAUCUCUCUCUUGUGCAGCUGCGAGCAAGGAAUGCCUCGGCCCACUUACCGCUGGUACAGAUUAGAUGAGAACACCCUCAAACCUGUGACUGAGCAAUUUGACCCAAAAACCGGAGUUCUUUUCAUUGGCAACCUCACCACCUUUGAAACAGGAUAUUACCACUGCAUAGCCAGCAACUUCCUGGGGAACAGUAGCUGUGAGCUUGACCUGACUAUAAAACAUUCAGAUGGUGGUAUUGUUGCUGGAGCAUUAAUUGGAGCAAUUGUGGCAGGUGUUAUCAUUUGUGCUAUUGUCUGGUUCUUAACCAGGAGGGAAAAGAGAAAGAAAAAGAAGUCAUCAAGUAAUGAAAUGCAAGUAAUGACUCAGAAACAACCCAAUGCAGAGUACGCUCAGGUACCUACUGAAGAAAACAUACCUGCAACCACAGUUCCACCAAGCAAUGCGACAAAUGAGUAUCCUAAUGUUGAGGAAACAGCAGCAUCCGUGGCACCUGAAAAUGAGAAGCAUGAAGUGGAAAAAGAGGAAAUAGCCUAG